AUGUAUUUGUGCCCGGGUGUGCCGGGCGCCUUCAAGCCGUCAAAGAAGCCGACGCAAUCCCUUCACAAUGAGGUCAGCGAGCUUCGCAGCGAGUUGAAGGCGCUUCGCUCGGAGAUCCGAGCCGUGCAUCAGCACGUGGCACCGGCGCUGGGCUUAGGUCAUAGCUUCGAUGGAGGAACUAGCGAGGGCAUGGCGGAUGGCAACUACACCAGGAACACCAGCUUCCUGUCGUCCUCUGCGCCGGUCAACCCCAGGAUGACCGAGUUUAGCGGCUCUGCCUUCACCCACGUGCCAGGCCUCCCCAGCCCUCUGACGGAGCCGGCCAACGAGAUUGUGGCGCACGUGUGGCCCCAGGUGGGCCAUUGGGCCUCGGAGUUUCUGCUGAAGGAGGUGGGCCCUGCGGUGAAGGAUGCGCUGCCGGCGCUGGGGGGGCACAUCGACCCGGACCGGACCCACCUGGGCCACGAGCCCCUCCAGUUCAAGAACAUCCGGAUCUUCGACCGGAAGGAGCGUACCUCGGAGGGUGGCUUCUGCGACAACAUCGUGUUCCGCUGCCGCAUGGAGUGGCAUGGGGACCUCUCGGUAGUCCUGAAGAUCGCGGGAGCUGCGGUGGGCAUCCAAGGACUGACGCUGAAGGGUCAGCUUUUGGUGGAGUUAGUGCACAUGCUCCCCUACCCGCCCAUGUUCAAAGGUGUCCGCCUCUUCUUCUUGGACCCGCCGGACCUGGACCUCAGCUUCUCGGGCGCGGGCAGCGACAUCCUCAACGUGGGCAUGAUCAACCGCCGCAUCAUCGACGUUUUCCAAAGCGAGCUGGCGAGUCGAGUGGUGGCCCCGAAGUUCAUGGGCUUCAAGAUGGUGAACACCGACAUCUUCGCCAUCACCAGCCCCCCACCCGAGGGCAUCCUGCGUGUCACAGUGUGGAGCGCCUCCGACCUGCCGGCCAUGGAUGUGAGCUUCUUCGGCCACGGGAAGUCGGAUCCCUACGUGAAGAUUCGCUGCGGUGCCCACGUCUUCAAGUCGCCCACGGUCUGGAAGACCUUAUCACCCAACUUCGACUUCAAAGUGUCGCUGCCUAUCUCUUCCUUGCAUGACCAAAAGAUCUGGGUGGAGCUAUAUGAUCAGGACCUCAUCACGAGGGAUGACUUCUUGGGGAAGGUCGCCCUGCCGGUGGACUUGCUUGCCAAUUGGGGCAAGCAGAAGAAGGUCACCGUCCAGCUCCGAAACGAGAAGGGCGAGAAGGGCAAGAACGGCAGCGUCUGCAUGAGCGCGGAGUGGCAGCCUUUGAGCUUCGAGGGGGACAUGGAGCACACUAGCGGCAUCGUCUCCGUUGGAGUCUACUCGGCCAUGAACGUGCCGAAUUUCGGGCAGUACGCCAGGUACUGGAUCAGCUGCAGCUGCACGGAGCUGAUGCCCUGUGCCAGCUCAGCGCCCCAGAACACGGAGCAGGUCUAUGCCGGCAAGAUCUUCGCCAAGGAGGAGGUGGAUGAUGCGGAUGAGCCGUUGAUCCACCGCCUCGGGGAGAAGAUCAAAACUUUGCGCAGUAAGGGGCUGAGCAACGCGGAGAUCGCCGAGGUGUUGGACCUGGAUCCCGACGCCACGGACUUUGAUGCGGAGGCGGGCUUCGACACGCUCUGCGGGGUGCACGUCGCACGCUGGCGCCGCUCCUUGCAGUUCCUGGCGCUCAAGGCGCACGCCUCGGCAGUGACCUUUCGCCUGAUGGCGCAGGGCGCAGGGCACCCCAAGCCGGUGGAACUGGGCAGCGUCACGCGCCAUUUGGCGGAUGUGAUCCCCAAGGAGCACAUGAUCCUCAUGGACACAGUGACGCUGCCGAACACCAAGAUCCAGCUGCGCCUGCGCAUUCAGCUGCGGGACCUCAAGCAGGGCUCCAUCGCGGGCAAGCCUGAAAGGCAAAGAACCUAUCGCACUGAUGCGCUCGGAGAUGGCUGCAGCGUGACAUCUCUUUGA